AUGGUUCUAGCUAACUCGGUACUUCUGUCAGCUUUAUGCGCUUUUGCUGUCUCAGCAGCGCCUUUGUCCAAGAGAGAUUCCUGUACAUUGUCGGGAUCUUCUUUGUCCUCAUUGUCGGCCGUGAAAAAAUGUAGCAGCAUCAUCAUCAAAGAUUUGACCGUUCCGGCAGGACAGACUCUAGAUCUAAGCGGUCUAACGAGCGGCACUACUGUUACCUUCCAAGGCACGACUAMKUUUGGAUACAARGAAUGGGAAGGYCCAUURAUUUCUAUCUCAGGGUCCAAAAUCAACGUUGUUGGUGCUUCUGGGCAUGUUAUCGAUGGCCAAGGUGCAAAAUGGUGGGACGGUAAAGGUGACAGCGGUAAAGUUAAGCCAAAAUUUGUGAAAUUGGGCUUGACCGGAACCUCAAAAGUUACCGGCUUGAAUAUCAAGAACGCUCCACACCAAGUUUUCAGUGUCAAUAAGUGCUCUGAUUUGACCAUCAGUGGUGUAACCGUUGACAUCAAAGCUGGUGACUCCGCCGGUGGCCACAACACAGACGCGUUUGAYGUGGGCAGUUCCACCAAUGUUGUAAUCCAGGGAUGUACCGUUUACAAUCAAGACGACUGUAUCGCCGUAAACUCUGGUAAAAAUAUCAAGUUUUUAAACAACAACUGUUACAACGGUCACGGUAUCUCUAUAGGCUCUGUUGGUGGCCGUUCCGACAAUGUUGUCAACGGUUUCUGGGCCCAAAACAAUAAUGUUAUCAACUCUGAUAAUGGGUUGAGAAUCAAGACUGUUCAGGGUGCAACAGGUUCAGUUUCGAAUGUCAACUUCAUYAGUAACAAAAUCAGCGGCAUAAAGAAGUUCGGUAUUGUUAUUGAGGGUGAUUACCUUAACGGUAAAACCACCGGUUCUGCCACUGGCGGGGUUCCUAUUUCUGGUUUGGUGAUGAAGGACAAUACAGGGAGYGUAACCAGCUCAGCCAAACGUGUUAAGAUUUUGGUGAAGAGCGCUUCUAACUGGAAGUGGUCUGGUGUGUCAAUUACUGGUGGUUCUUCCUUUUCUGGCUGUUCUGGAAUCCCAUCUGGUUCAGGUGCUUCAUGUUAG